AUGCAAGAACGUGAACUUUUUACAUCUGUAAUAAUCAAUAAUAUUAAAGAUUCAUCUGAAAGAUAUAUCAUUGUGCAAAAACUUUAUAUUCAAUAUUCUAAUAAUAAUGAAAUUGAAAUUACCCCUGGUAAUGUUCGUCAAACUUUACCUGUCGUGAGUUCUUCGUUGCCGCCUUCACCGUCUCCAUCUCAGCAACAUGAGAAAAACACUUUCUCCCCCUUUAAUGCUAAUGCUUUUACGCCAGCUCAACAAGAUGCACAAUAUACUUCCGUUGCACUCCUCAACCCUGAGCUCCAAUCACCAUUUAAUGCCCUUACGUCAUCUCAAGCAUCGAGUCCUUUCUCCGAAAACUCCUAUUGUAAUAUUCCACUAUUUAAUCCAUUUACAUCAUCUCAAACAUUGAGUACUUUCUCUGGAAACUCUCAUUAUUGUAAUCCUCCAAGUAUUUCACCUUUUAUGUUUGAAUAUGAAGAUCCUUCCUUUGUGCAAAUAUAUAAAAUACGGUAG